AUGGUAUCACAAGGUGCUCAAACAAACGGAAUGAUAAAUGGUAGAAAAUUAACAAAAAGUCUAUCUGAAAUGACUGGAGGUAUGAGGCAAAUGGCUACAUCACCUGGUGACUUAUUAACAGUUGAAGAUUCUAGAAAUGUUAUAGAACAUGAACAACUUCAUCGAACUUUUUCUGAGGAACCACCACGUUCACCUCUAAUGGUACCUCAACAAAAUAUUAUAAUAAGUCAACAACCCCAGCAGCAACAACAGCAACAAUUACAGCAACAACAACUGCAAGCACAACAACAUAUACAUCGUUUUUAUGAACCACCACCACCGCCUAUAGGUGGAACGCAAUCGAGGUCAUCAUCACGAACUAGCACAGAACAUCCAGCAUCAUCUUCAUUAGAUCGUUUAAGCGGACAUUCACGAAAUCAUUCAGAAGAUAGUGCUGUUUCGUAUCAUUCAAUAUUAGAUCCAGGUGGAAUGGAUUUUAUUGGACGUGAAAAGUCUUCAUUAUCAGCCUCUGGUAUUAUCAAUUAUCCCUCUUAUGGACCAACGUCAUCAUCAACUGUAUCAUCAGUUCAAAGUAUAGCAACGCAAGCAGGUGGAACGAUACCUUCUAUGGCACCAGCUACAAGUAGAACUUCACAUAUAGACUACCGUAAUUUACCAUUUUCUUAUGGUGAAAUACCUAUACCAGAAGACCGUCGCAGUUUAAGUUCUUCUCGUCCUGACACUGCAAUGAGUUCAAUUAGUUAUGACAUGCAUAGUGGACAUCAUAUGCAUAGGCAGUAUGGUUAUGAAGCUAACAGUUUGCCGCGGAGAACAUGCACACACCACCGUCUUGCACCACCUGGAGAAAUGUACUCAUUGAGCUUACCACGUUAUGCAACCCCAAGAGAAAAUCUUUUCAUGCCUGAAACAGUUUGUCGGCACGCAACAGAAUGCACGGAAUUAAUGAAUGGUACUGCAACACCGAUUGCACCACACCAGCAGGUACGCAGAGAAUUAUCUCGUGACAGUUCUACAGACUCGGCAACUCAAGCGAUGGAACGAAGACGUGCCUCAACAAUGGGUUUUAGUGACUUAUUCCCCCGUACACAUGGUACUUAUCGAAGACCAUCAAUGCCCGUCCAUCCUAUAGUUGCACCCGUCCAUAGCAUAUCUUCUGUAGAGGCUGAUGAUGAAGGUGGUGCAGAAAAAUCCGAAGAAGAAGAAGAGGAAGAAGAAGAUGAAGAAGAUGAGGAUGAUGAAAUUGAGCAAAAAUCUCAAUCCGUAAAAAAAUCAAUAAGUUUAGAAAAAGUAGAAAAAGAAGUUCCGAAAGAUGUAGAAAAAAAAACGAUUCGUCAAGAAGAGGAGGAAAAAGAAAUUUUUAUCGAUUUCAAACCUCAUAUUUCACCAACACCGAGCCCUAGGAGGCGAAGGAAAUUGCAUAAAACCGUCUCUGAUGGAGAAGUUCUAGCUGAAAAGCAACGCCAAGAAAAUGUUCGCGAAAGCAUACUCUUGAAUGCCUCGGAAAAACACCCAAAAGAGUAUAUAUAUCAAAAUCUUCCUAUUCGGGAUGAAGCAAUUUUUUGUAGAAAAGAUCCUAAUUUAUUAGCUUUACCAAUUUCAAGCGAAAUAUCAAAUGGAAUACAACAAAAACGAGAAGCCUUUAGAAAGCGAUCAAUUAGUUUGGAAGAUCCAACAGCUGAUGAUGAAUCAAGACAACUCAAAUCAGCUCCACCAUCACCGUGCCAAGAAGAGGGUGUAGUACGCUCAGCAUAUCCAUCGUCUGAUUCAUUGGCGAAUGAUGUAACAAGAGAUCAUUCUGACGGUAUAUGGAAUGAAUCACAGGUUACCGUACUUACGGCUAAAAAUGGUGAAAUUGAUUCUGGAACAGCUUUAUUGACACCUACUUCAAAGCGUAGAAAUUUAUUAUUACAACAUCAACAGAGAAGUUCAAUUGAUACCGAUGCUUUAGAUUUAGAAGAACAGUUUUCAGAUCAGUCUUUACCACGAAUGCCUUCACCGAAAUUAAAACCAGCUGGAACACAAACAAUUACAUCACCGCCAUCAUCUAGUUCAAGUAGCGCACUAUUACAAGUUCCUAAUCAAACAACACCUAUAAUAAAUGUAACGAAUACAUCUAGUAUUGAAUGUGAUGAUUUACCAUUACCACCAAGACCAACAAGUCGCCGUUCGUCACGUGUUCUUUCACCAGGGCAAUUUCCAUCACAUCAGCAACAAAUUGAUCGUAGAAAAAUGGAUGUAUUAAUGAUGACUUCACCUACAACAAGAAUCCCACCAGAUAUUGCGGCUGCGGAUUCAAUGCAACUACGCGAAUCAAUACCAAUUGUUCAUGAACAUCAUACUUAUGUAAAUCGAAUGGAUUUGGGUAUUAAAAAUAAUACUACAGAUAUUUCUGAAUGCAGUACAAAUACAACAGAUGAAUAUGUGACAUGCACUGAUAAUUCAAAACGUACGCCAGGUAUUAAAACACCACCAACAACAGCAAGUUCGUCAUCUACACAAGUACCAGUUUCACAACAAAGUUCACAAACAGUUCAAGAAGGAUCAUCUUUUGAAAGUGCUUCUUCCCUAUAUUCAACUCGUGGUGACGGUUUAUCUGAAGACAAUCCCCAAACUGAUGAUGUUCAAUCAAAUGAACCGCCAGAACCAUGUUCUUUAAUUUCACAUGUAACUACUCAAAUAGUUGUAAGUGAUGGUGUUAUACCACCACCGGCAGGUGCAACAGUACCACAAAUAUUAUCUCCAUCUCAUUCAGUUACAAGUAGUUCAUCUGAUAGUUACCUAAUAAAUGAUAUGACAAGGAAGAAAAGUGUUUCAAUUACAACUCCUACAACGGCAAAUGCUGUAAUAUCAACAUCUCCUACAACACCUGGAUCAACAACUUUAACAACAACAACAAAAAGUCCAACAUCUUUGCGUACAAAUGUUGUUGGUACUGCAAUUACUUCUGGUACAGCAAAAGUAGCAAUUGCUCAGAAGAAGAAAUCUGAAUCUAUUUCGGAUGAAGAGAAAAGUGAAAAACGAUAUUCAAGCAGCGGUUAUUAUGAAAGUCCACACGAUGAUGAACAAUUUAAAUUAACAAUACGUCACAGGCGUGUUAAAAUUGAAGAGGAACGUCGUCGUAGACGUAACAAUAUGAAAUUAGAUAUCGAACGUGAAAAUUUAAGAGCUUUAACUUCACCAAUAAAAAAACCCACCUCAUCAUCUUCCUCGAUACAGACACAACAACAACAAUCACAACAGCAACAAACAACACCAUCAACAAAAACAACUCCUACCUCUGGCACAGGUAUAAUAUCACCCGAAGAUCGUACAACAGCCGCUUUAAAUAUUCUCGAUGGAACAAGUCCAAAUAAAAUGAAACGUUUCCGACCAAAAAUUAAACGACAACCACGUAAAUCAAGCAUGACUGAACAAAACAUAUCAAUGAUUCGUAAACCAAAAGGUGUUCAUGGUAUUCGAAGUCCCGAUAGAUCUACUGAUCGACCAUUACAAAUACCUGCAACAACGAGUAAACAUUCACCAACAAAACAUGAAAAACGUAUAACAAGUCCACCAAAAAAACAUGCAACAAUUAGUGGUCCACCAGCUACCGACGUAAUUUGUUCUGAAAAACGUUUAAAAGCUAAAUCAAUUGAAUCAUUAAGAUCUGUAUCACCUGGAUCUGAUUCUGUAUUUUAUAGUGAAACAGCUGAAGUACCAGCUGAUCAAAUACAUUGUUUACAUUGUGGAAAAGAAGUUGAAAUAUUAGCAGCUGCAUCUGGUUCACAAGAAUCUAUUCCACCAAUUGAUGAUGAAGGAGCAGAUAUGCUUGUUAAACCGCCAGCUGAUUUUGCUGAUUCACCUAUUACAACGAAAACAUCACAACGAUUAUAUAAAAAAAUGGAUAAAAGAUUUCGUUCUGAAGAUCGACAUGGAAUCGAAAGAAGUCGACAUUAUAGAAGUAGACAAGAAAAUGUUAGAGCUAAGAGUGAAGAGAGAACAAAAGAACAAACAACACCAAGUCCACCAUCAACAUUACGUCCAUCUGGUUCAAGUCCAUGUAUGCUGCCAGAUGACUUAGAUGAAACUGAAUCAGAACAAGUUUAUCGUGGAAAUUUUCAAAAAGGUUUAUAUACGAGAUUAACAGACAGUGAUGUUUGGGUCCAAUUAGAUCAUCAAAGUUUUGAUCGUCACAGAAAUCGACGAGGUUCAACAGACUCUGAAAAAGCAUUCCAACAAAAAUAUCAAGUUAUAUUACAUCGUUUAGUGCAGCGAAGGUGCACUCUAGAAAUGUAUCAUCGUCAGAAACAAAAUUCAUUUAGUGAGUACUAUGCUUUAAACUAA